UCUUGCACAUCAUACUUCUUCAAGUAUCUCAGCACAUAGCCAUCUACACACAGAAACCGACGAACGUCAGUUUGACCAGCUUCAGCUUCACCCACAGAAGAAAUAACCACCACUGUACAUCACCGAGCGCUCAAUCAAUCUAGCCACCAUGUGCUUCACUGAGUUCCUCGGCUACACCUGUGGCCACACAUCCCUCCCGGUGAAGCGACCCUGCCCGAUGACUACCCAGAGUCAUGUUAACCCAAUCUGUCCCUUCCCAGCGUGUCGCCCCCUCCUAGCAUUCACAAUGUGCCCACCCUGCGCACGCAUUGUCCACGGUCGCUGGGUGGACAUUGUAAUCCACGAACACGAGUUCAUGCACGCUCGUGGAGCAUGCCAUUGCCCAGUGCGGUUCCCGUACCUACAACAGCCUCGCGUAGUCGACCACAGUACAGACUACAGCAUAGACUGCAGCGAGGAUGUGGAAGGUGCCGGUCGGGAGGCUUUCGCAGCUCCCCACCACACCCGUGCCAACAGCAUAGCAUCUACCCACACCAUGCGAUCCAUCGACACGGCAUCAUCUUCACCCACUAUCAUUCUCGCACCCAUCUUGAAGCGAGAGUCUCCUCCACCAGCUAGCGAACCCUUCCACUUCUCGCCAUCAGCGGAGGUAUUCACUCCAUCCCUACAACCCUCCUCUCUACCACCUCUCAACGAGAUCUUCGACAUGCCUCCUGACUUCGACUUCGGCAUGGGUAACCUCGACCUUAGCAUCCCUCCUGUCGGCCGUUCUGGCGGUGGUGUCGUUAACCGUGAGCCGCGCGGACACGCCACGACCGACAAAGGAAAGGGCAAGGCAAAGGAAAAGGAUGUCACCGGCCAGAAAGAGCGCGACGAUCGCAACUACCACGCCCAGAAUUACAGCGACAGCGACUUCCACCCCCAGCACCACGCCGGGGACGGGUCAGCUACCUCCUCAACAACGCUAGCGUCGAGCGACCAGAGCGUGCCUCCCAUGUACGAAACUAGAGAGGGACCGGACCACAAGAUAGAAAUCGCGACCCGCAUGAUGAGCCAAUACGGCUCAGAAUGGAUCACGGAGCACCGCGAGCGCCACCAAAACGGCACAUGCGACUGCCGCUGCUCCUUCACCAAGUACCCCGGGCAGUACAUUCCCCUGCUCGAGGAAGCGACAACCGAGGAACUUAAAGACGAUCUGAGCAAGACUUUCCCCGGCUUUUCCUUCGCCAGCGAAUUCAACGCUCCGUACAACGAGGUCCCCGAUCCUCUCUUCAGCGACCGCAGCUCCCACCGUCGUGAUGACCUACACUACGGCACACCGGGCUUCCACAGCGACGGCUACGUCCCCGCGCCCACCACCACCCCGGCCGAAGUGACCGACCAACCCUCAUUCCCCUACCACGCGAACUUCGACGAGGAGCUGGCUCAGGCUAUAAGCCACCAUUUCCCACCCAUGCCAAGCCCAUCCAUGCCUCCCCCUGCACACCUACCCCCAGCCCCAGCUCCAACACAGAGCCCCUACGACGUCGACGUGUGGAAAUGGAGCAUGCCCCCUGACCCCAACAGAGCAAUGCUCCCUCGCGGCCACCAACCGACAUCGUUCGGUGAGCCCGCACGCUGGGCCUGUGCCCCUCCCGAGAACAACGGCGACAUGCGGGGCGGCGGAACGUCUGUUCCGCGUCCAAUCGACAUGCAAGUAAUCGCGUACGACGUGAACGACAUCCCCAUCGUAGGUCUACCAAUCGGCGCAGGUCCCGAGGGCGACAGCCACAUGCCCCCAUUCGAAGCGUGCGAGCUACACUACCCGAAGAUCCGUCACAGUCAUCAUCGACAUGCCACCUUCUAAGGAGGCACUUUCACGUCAUAAAUACACAUAGGUGGCGAUAGAAAAAGGAGACGAUAAAGUGUGAACACUCAUCUAGCUUACCAUAAAAGGGGGAAAGAAAAAGGAGAAAAAAGGAAUUUAGCACCGUUACUCAUUUGAUCAGCAACAAGCCUGUAAUGACGA